AUGAUUGAUGAUGUGUUUAAUGCAACAAAUUAUUAUUUAUAUGACUAUUGGUUUGACAUUCAGGACCCGCGGACCAAACACUUGCCAUUUGUAAACUAUGGACCACUCGUUCCCAUUAUAUUUCUAUCACUUUAUUAUUAUGUAAUCCGUAUAUAUUUGCCGCGACAUAUGGCUAAUCGUGAACCGUAUAACUUAAAGAAACUAAUCAUAACUUAUGAUUUAUUUAUGUCAUUAACAAACUUGUAUUGGUUUUAUGAGUCCGUAAAAGUUAUAGAUUUUGGCCGAAAAUUUCUUGACUUUGAUUAUCCAACAGACAAGACAUCAACCAAUGAGACAAAAGAAUUUAUUUCUUUAGGUUAUCUCUAUUUGUUAUCUAAAUUCAUGGAUUGGUUCGAUAGUGUAUUUUUUGCACUCCGCAAAAAAUUUUCGCAUUUAUCACUAUUACAUGUCUAUCAUCACAUGUCGGUCCCAUUUUUUGGUUGGCUAAUAAUCAAAAUAUGCCCAUUUAUACCCGGAUUAUAUUUAUUUAUAAUAAUGAAUACAUUAAUACAUUUUCUAAUGUAUGGAUAUUAUUUUUUGUCUUCAUUUGGAGCGGGUAUUCAAAAGUAUUUGUGGUGGAAACGGUAUAUAACCCAAUUGCAACUAGGACAGUUUAUUAUAUUAGGCAUUUAUGGCAUUAUUUUAAUAAGUUUUCAAAAAGGUUAUCCUUAUUUCUGGAUAUUCAUAGGAUUACCGCAACCAUUGUUUUUCUUUUAUAUGACCCGCGGACCAAACACUUGCCAUUUGUAA